CGCGACUUCAUUCAUUGCACUAGACAUGAGGAAAAACCCAACUUUAAAGACAUUUAAUUUUUUAUGUAAAUUAUAUUACCACUUAUAAUUAUGAACAUCAUUAACAAUUCAGUCAUUUGAGAGUGGCAGUUUUCACAAUAGUGAUACUGGCAGUGAAGCAUCAUAAAUAUUCGUGACUCACUUUAACUUAUGGUUUUACUUCGCUACAGCCAGUUAUUCUUUUGAUUUGGUUGGUACACACAAUUCCUGCCAAUAUCUUCGGAACACGGUGAAAAAUACAUUCAAGGUUCAUUUAAUCUUGCACAUUAACAUUCCUCAAUACAUAAGAACAGUCGAAGAAGUCUACUCCAUGUGGCUUAUUGGUCAACAGCUAGUAGCAUAAUGGUUCGUGCUAGCUCAAUUCAAAAUUGAAUUUGUCGCGCACCUGCUCCCCGUGUCAGUGGGGCCUAUACAAGCAUGUUCGAUGUGGUUGUUAUCGGUGCAGGUAUAUCUGGACUGGGAGCUGCUCACCUACUCACUCGUGAAUCAUAUAAUGUUCUAGUGUUGGAGGCGCGUAAUCGUCCAGGUGGCCGAAUACAUAGCGUGCGCCUACCCUCAUUAUCAAAUAGUAUUAACUUGAAGAGGAGAAUAUCAUCAUUCAGCAAGUUAGCUAACCUACUAGUAGAGGCUUCAUGAGUAAAUGCAAGCAUGGCUUAACCAAUAUGCGUUUUUUCCCCAGUUACAUUGCCAAUAUUUGUAUUAUUACUGUCAUCAGUAUUUUUACUGACAAAUAAAUGGUUGGAGAACGUUUCUUCAGAAAAUAGACAUUAUGCUUUAUCUAUGGUUUGUCGCAAAUGACUUAUCUUAGUUUAAAGGAAAAACGAAGGCGUUAAAAUAAAUAUUUUUAAGAUACUCGUACUAAACCAACUAGGGUUACAGUCAUUUUGGUACCGGAGUUAGACUGUAAGGUCUCCGUUUAUUCCUGAAAGAAUAGUUUAUACGCCCUUUCCUACCUACCUUUGUUAGGAAAACUGAGCGGCAUUACUAACUUUCAAGUAAAUAAACCUAUGCUUGCACCUGUUUCUAAUGCCCAAUCAAAUAUCAAUCAUGAUAACCUCAGUACUUAUCAUUUCCAUAUUGACGAACAAAAACCUAAUACGUCAGUGCAUGAAUCAUCCGAUUCUGAUAGUUCCAUGUCAUCUCGUUCUCCUCCUUCUGCCCACCAAUCAUUUGAUCGUCAAUUAAAUGAUGAAAUUAAUUCGGAUUAUUCUGGUCCGAUUGAUGUUGAUCUUGGUGCAAACUAUUUAAUUGGUUGUUCAAAUCGACAAGCUGACCAACCAUUAUUUCAUCUAGCUCGUAUGCUACGAAUUCCUACAGCUGUUACUGCUGGUGAUUUGUGCAAAAAAUAUCGCGGUUGGGAAUGUGUAGAAAUAGCCAAAUGGCUUAAUCAUUUUACUCCUAACUCGCCGAUAACUCCUGAUCAAGUUGCUGAUGGUGUAUUUUUGUUUGAUAAGGUUAUUCAUCUUACUGUUGAUCGUUAUAUGAAAACAAAAUCUAAAACACAAUAUAGUCAUUCUGACACUACAGUCAAAGAACUUUUUGAUAAAGCUUUACAAGACAUAUUUGACACUGAAGCUCAAUUCGGAAUUCGUCCUUCUGCUAAUUUUCGCGAUCAUAUUGAAGAAGGCAUAUUCUUAUCUAUAGUUAGCCGUUAUUUAGCAUAUGUAAAUCCUAUAGAACGCUUGCCAUUAUGCGUUUUAGAUGAUCUAUGUGAAGUGGCCGACUCGAAAUGGCAAUCAAAUAUUAUCGGUGGAAAAUCUGGCAUAAAUACUGGACAACAUGGUUUAAAUCAAUCAUCUUUACUGGCUCAACUCGUACAAUCCUAUCCUACAUUUGAUCAACGUAAAGCUUAUCAUGCUUGGGCAGAACGUAAAUUAGACGCUUUAGAAAAUAAUGAUAAGUCCUCCUUACCAUCGAUUGCUAAAUGCGUAUGUGUUAGCUGGGAGGAUCGCCUAGUGACUAGUCGAUUUAGUGACCUAUUGAAUCCAUUGCUUAAAUGUGUAAAUAUAAUCUACAAUGCUGUAGUUACGGAAAUUGAUUGGAGUAGAGCUGGUAAUAAUAUCAAUAAUAAUGAUAACAAUAGUAUUAAUAAUAAUGAUACACACCAUAAUAGAAUAUUAAUAAAGGCAAGAGUGAAACGGCAAUCCCAUUUAACUCAGAAUGGUGAUGAUGAUAAUUUGACACAGGAUUCGUAUGAAGAGCAGAUAUAUGAAGCCAAACAUUGUAUUAUUACUGUUCCAGUUGGUGUGCUAAAAGGUCUUAGUCCGUCUUCAACAAUCACUUUCUAUCCGGAAUUACCAUUGAAUAAACGUAAAGCUAUUGAACGUUUGGGUAUGCCUAGUCAAGGUUCGGCUACACAUGAAAAAGUAAUUCUACGCUUUAAAUAUCCUGAACAUGUGUUCUGGGAUACUGGUGCAGCUCAUCUCAAAUGUCCUGAUCCUCGUUUGCAUAUUCUAAAUUUACAUCGUUAUGGCAAACCGGGUGUUUUAUGCGCUCAUUUAUGGGGAGGAUCUGGUCUCAAUUCAGCUAAUCGAUCGGAUAAAGAAAUUGUUGAUAUAAUAUUAGAUUUAUUAGACUUAAUGUACGGUGGAAAAUACAAACCUGAUUCUGAAGUAUCAGGUCGUAAAAUUCCCGACCCAGUAUAUUAUUUAGUGACCCGUUGGUCUGAAGAUCCUUUUGCUCUAGGCGCUUAUACUACUGGAGAGCCAGGUAGUUCCGAUGCUGAUCGGUUAGUCUAUGCAUUAAGUUUAACUGGUUUGGAUGCCGAAAAUCAGCGGAAAAUGAAACUAGAAAAGGAUGUGUUUAUUGUUGACGAUAAUCUUAGUAGCAAUAAUGUGAACUUUACUGCUGAUAAUGAGUUGACAAUUCCACGUCUUCUGUUUGCUGGUGAAGGAACAUUGACAGCGAAAGAAGCUAAGGAAUGUACUCACGGUGCUUUACAGACUGGAAUUGCACGAGCUAUUGAGUUAUUACCAUAUCUUAUGAAAUCUAAAUCUACUAUACCUGAUCCAUGUAUAAUACGUGAUUUGGAAAUUUUACGUUUACAUGCACAAUCGAAUUUUUCCAGUUUCAGCACUAAACUGGCUAGUUAUUUAUUCGGUAAAGUACAAUUAAAUCGUCUAUUAAAUUGUAAUAUAGCAAAUGGUAAACAAUAUCGUCGUGUAAUUUUAACACGUUCUGCUGAACAUACUGCUAAAAUCUUAUCAUAUCAUACUACUACUACUACUAAUAAUGAUGAUGAUGAGAAAAUGGAUAUAAAACUCGAAAACAUCAAUUACAUGAUUGCUACUAAUACUCCAUUCUCAAGGUCAUCAUUUUAUGGUUAUCGUCGACGUUAUCAUCAUUCAUCUAAAUCUUGUUGGAAUACAGAUAAUGAAAAUUGUAAAUGUUGUUCAUAUGCUCAUAUUAGUAAACGUUCACGUCUUGCUACUACUGGACGUAGAGGAAGAAGAGGAAGAGGAAGAACAAGAGGCUGUACAAUUUACAAUCAACGUGGUAAUUUGAACGCACAAAUGUCACAUAGUUUUAUUGUGAAACGACCACGUGGACGACCACCUAAACGUCAAGGUCUUGCUGCGUUGCAUGCGAUUUCCAGAGCACAUCGUUAUUUACGAAGAGUAUCAUCAUCUAGACUAGUGUAUAAUCGAUAUAGAUUAGAAUCUUCUAAUUUAUUAAAUCAACCAGUUAACUCAAUAUUACCAUCCUCCACACCAUCAACACCAACAUUGUCUGUACGAGGCAGAGGUCGGGGUCGAGGUGGUAAACGAGGUAGACCACGAAUACACUUCCCUCGUACUUAUGAAUCUACGGGUACAAGUUGGGGUAAUUAUCUAUCUGAAGAAGAUAGACAAGAAAGUUUAUUACAACUAGGUAAUUUAUUAAAUGAUCUUCACUCACCUACACAAAAAUCUAAACAUGUCUGUGUAACUAUACCACAAGAAUUAUGUUUAAAUACUGAAAUUAUUCUUACUAAUGGUGAUACAACAACAGCAAUAUUAAAAGAUGAUGGAUUAGAAGAAGAUGAAGAAGAACUCCUGUCUCAUAUUAAUGAAGAUAAUUCUGUUAAUGAUAAUGACGGACAUCAUUAUGAUUAUUCAGGUUUGUCAUUGAAGAACAAUCAUGUAGAUGUUAUGCAUUAAUAGAAGUAAUAGUAUUAAUAAUAAUAAUAAUCAUAAUUUGAUGUAUAUAUUAUUAUGUGUAAAUGUGUGUGUAUGCUUAUAUGAGAGUAGAAAACAUAAAAUGUUUAUUAUUUUGUUCUCAGCAACGGUUGAUAUUUCAUGGUUGCUUUUUAUCCAUUUGUUCCAACUUUUUUUUUUCUCUCUUUAUUGUUCUUCUUCUUUUUUUGUUGUUGUUGGUUCAUCAUUUAUGUUCUGCCACAAUUCACAUUAGUAAACUUUUCUUUUGUGUGUGUGUGUGUAAUGGAUUGUCUUAUUCUUUAUGUAUAUGCAUAUUCAUAUACUAUCAGGAUGUGUAUGUGUUGUAUGGUAAAUGUAUGUGUUUCUGUUCUUUCUCUUCUUCUUCUUCUUCUUCUUCUUCUUCUUCUUCUUCUUCUUCUUCUUCUUCUUCUUCUUCUU